CCCACCGUUAAUCUCACAUUAAGGAAAUGUGACAACUGACAUCAUGGUUUUGGCCAUAUCGUGCAAGCCGGCGAGUUAGGUGGCGUACAACUUCACAUUAACGAACUGGGCCGGACAUUUUCCACUUCGUUUGUUUCCGCCUACUUCCGUCUUUCAAAUUCAAGAUGGCGACCAACAAGAGAAAGCAGGAUGAGAAACACCUCAAAAUGUUACGAGAGAUGGUGUCCCUUCCACACAACAAACAGUGCUUUGACUGUGGCCAACGAGGCCCUACCUACGUGAAUAUGACGAUAGGAUCUUACGUGUGCACAUCUUGUAGUGGAAUAUUACGUGGCCUGAAUCCCCCAUAUAGAGUAAAGUCAAUUUCUAUGACUAGUUUUACUCCUGAAGAAAUGGACUUCUUACAGUGUCAUGGGAAUGAGUUUUGUCGGAAAGUCUACCUAGGUCUUUAUGACGCCAGAUCCACCCCUGAAUUCAAUCACAAAGACGAACAGAAAAUAAAAGACUUUAUGGUUCAAAAAUAUGAAAAGAAGCGCUGGUAUGUGGCCCCUACGGAGAGUAUGAAAGAAGAGGCCAAGCAGUUGAAUACAGUGUCCAGAGAUGACGGAACAAAACCUCUACGUACACUGGUAGGAAGUAAUGCACCAAAGCUAGUUAUACAGCCAAAUAAGUCCCAGCAAGGUAGUCAGCCACAGAGGAUAGCAGCCCCAGGUGCAAUACCUACUCCAUUUGCUGCUGCACAACAACAGCAACAACAACAACAGCCACAACAGCAACCAUCAGUAGCACAACCGCCACCCCAACAACAACAACAAGUACAGUCACCUCCACAGCAGCCACAACAGCCAAAGUCCUCGGCUAUGGACCUGCUGGGGGAUUUAGGGGGAGACCCCUUUGCUGCUCCUGCAGCACCGCAAGCACCAUCUGGUGGUGGUUUUGCAGACUUUGGUGCAUUUGGUGGUCAGCCGUCUUUUCCUGCUGCUAGCCCUGCUCAGUCAACAUCAUUAUUCAAUAGUGUUCCCCCACAGCCAUCUGCAGCAACUAAUGCAUUUGGUAGCUUUCCUCCUGCUGGCCAACAGGGUACCAUGCUAAGUCCCUCUAACCUAGCCACAGCCGCCCCUGCCGCUGCCCCAGGUCUAGGUGGCGCUCCGGUGCCCGCCUCCUCGUCUGCUGCCAUGACGUCCUCUACUGACAAAUAUGCGGCUCUCGCUGACUUGUUCAGUUCACCCGAGGCCGAGACUGCGCCAGUGGUGCAGAGCGUCAGCUGGGAUGGGCCAGCAGGUGGCGCUGGCGGUGGUGGCGUGAAUUGGAGUAACCCUGGCACUGGGGGUAGUGUCGGAGGGGGUGGCGGAAGUGGUUGGAGCACUGGUGUAGGGGGCGCUGCAUCAUCAUUUGGGGCGACUUCGACAGCUAGCUCGUCUGUAUUUGGUGGGGCAGCUAGUAGCCAUUCCAAUGAUAAUAUCUGUUGGGGUCGAGUACCCACCAAUCCUUUUAUACAGAGAGGGCAACCCCAGGGUGCGGCAAACCCAUUUGGAGGAGGCCCCGGGGGUGGAGGCCCCGUAUCCUCAGCUUUUACUCAACAACCUGUGGCCAACCCCUUCAUGGGCGGGGCAGGUGGCGGUCCAAACACCACCGGCAUCACCAUGGAGGCAAACAGCGCUUCAUCCCCCAUGGUCAUCUUCUGCUAG